CGCUUUGCAGGACCCGGAUGAAUCUGCCUUUGGGGGUAAGGAAGCAGCGGGGCGACUGAAGCUGUUUGGGUUUUUAUUUGGCGUUGAGGGGUCGGAGCGGAUUGAAGCCCAGCUGGAUUCAUGUGGACAGGACUCCCAGCAGUGCCAGCGGGGCCGCGCCGAACACGCCAAACAGAGGCAGCUGCUGCGAACUGUGGGUAAUUUGUAGCAGAGCAGAGCCUGCUAGCCUCUCCACACACAGCGGAGUUUGUAGCUCGCUCGGUCGGUGCACGUCUUGUCCGGUCCCGUCCGAUACAACACCCGGUGGAUGAAUGAUGUCUGCCGCCAGUAUUGACCCUCAGACCUCGAAUAAAGGACAAGAUGCAAGCAAAGGUUUUCCGGUGUCUGUGCAGAACGGCUCGCUCCACCAGAAGGAUACAGUGCAUGACAAUGACUUUGAACCGUAUCUGACCAGCCCGUCUAAUCAGAACAACAGCUAUCAGUCCAUGACAGACCCUUACCUGUCCAGCUACUAUGCACCCUCUAUAGGAUUUCCUUAUCCUCUCAAUGAUGCUCCCUGGUCUACGGGGGGUGACCCACCUAUUCCAUAUCUGACACCCUAUGCCCCGCUCAGUAAUGGCGACCAUCACUUCAUACCCGACACGGUAUUCGGGCAGCCGGGCGGACUCAGCAGCAGCAUCUACCCCCACAGGUUUAACUUUUUCCCAGAGAAUCCGGCCUUUUCAGCUUGGGGCACUAGUGGCUCCCAGGGCCAGCAGACUCAGAAUUCAGCCUACGGGAGCAGCUACAGCUACCCGCCAAGCUCUUUAGGAGGCACACUGGUCCCUGACGGACAGACAGGUUUCCACAGUGACACCCUAAGUAAGGCUCCAGGCAUGAACAGCCUGGAGCAGGGUAUGCUUGGCUUAAAAAUAGGUGGGGAUGUGACAGGAAGUGGCUCAGGUGUGAAGAGUGCAGGCUCAGUGAUAGGCGGUGCUGGUGUGGCGGCACCCGUUGCCACGGGCAAUGGUGGUACACCAGUCGGAUUGCCCCCCCAGAAACCUGCAUCGUGGGCUGCCAUCGCCAGCAAACCUGCCAAGAUGCAGCAACAGAAGACCAAGAACAAGCCUGGGACUCAGAUAAUUGGAGGAGCCUUGCCCCCUCCUCCCAUUAAACACAGCAUAGACAUUGAUACAUGGGAGAAUAAGGGGACUAUCACCAAGAUAGGGCCCCCUUUGCCCCACCAUCAGCAGCAUCCGCCGCAGCUACACUCUCACGCUCCCAGUCUCAUACCCCCCCUUCAGCAGUCCUUGCAGUCCGCUCAGUCCCUCGUGCAACAGAUGACCAUGCAAGCUCCUCCACCUCAUCCGCAAUCCUAUCAGAACUCUGUCCCAUCCAUUCAAACCCGCUGGGUAGCACCACGCAAUCGCAAUAUGUGCUACGGUGGUGGCAGCUUGGACAGCAGCGGCUCCUCCAACUGUGGCGGCUUGGGGAACGGGGGUGCAGGGGUCGGAGGCGGGCCCCCAGAGGUGGGAUUGGAGUCUCACCCCGUGCUGGAGAAGCUGCGAGCGGCCCACAGCUACAACCCCAAGGACUUUGACUGGAACCUGAAAAAUGGCCGCGUGUUCAUCAUCAAGAGCUACUCUGAGGACGACAUCCACCGCUCCAUCAAGUACUCCAUCUGGUGCAGCACGGAGCACGGCAAUAAGCGUUUGGACACAGCCUUCAGAGCCAUGAACUCCAAAGGUCCUGUCUACUUGUUGUUCAGUGUCAACGGCAGCGGGCAUUUCUGCGGCGUGGCUGAGAUGCGCUCGCCCGUGGACUACAGCACCAGCGCCGGGGUGUGGGCGCAGGACAAGUGGAAGGGCAAGUUUGAUGUGAACUGGUUAUUUGUUAAAGAUGUUCCCAACAGCCAACUGCGCCACAUCCGCCUGGAGAACAACGACAACAAGCCAGUCACCAACUCACGGGACACUCAAGAGGUUCCCCUGGAAAAGGCCAAGCAGGUGCUGAAGAUCAUCGCCCAGUACAAACACACCACCUCCAUCUUUGAUGACUUCUCCCACUAUGAGAAGAAGCAGGAGGAGGAGGAGGUGGUGAAAAAAAGCUAUGAGCCCGCUCCACUGCAGAGUCGACCCAGAAUUGAUCAGGAUCGUCAGAAGUAAUCUGUUGCAGAGGAACCCUGAAAGAUCUGUUAUUGUCUUUGGAUGGACAUACCAAUAUUUAGAUAAAAACUGAAAACACAGACAUUUAAGAAAAUAAAUAAAUAACUGAUAUUAUUUUCUAUUUAAGUUGAAUUCCCCCCCCCAUGUGCAACUGCUAAGUCACAUCCGGGUGUCCCAGAUUUUAACGUACGUGCAGGGAUGGAGCUAGUUCUACCUGUUGAAUAGCUUCAGUGACAUCAUUUUUUUUCUCUCUUUCUUUCUUUCUUUUCUCCUCUUCAGUUUUUACGCCUUGUGUUACCUGCUGCCCUACAUUUUCAGUUCGGUAUAAAUAUCUGCACGCUCAUGCUGCUGAUUUGAAGUGACUGAUCACUCUGUGGUUUGUGUGUUGAAAGAAUGUCAAGUGCUUGUAAUGGUGCAUUGUAAUGAGUGAACAACACUGUACUGAGAACUGUCUGCUACAUGUGCGUUGGCAAGUGUUUUCCUAUCAUUUUCAUAAGAAAAAAGAAAAACGUUUUCUUUUUGCGUUUAGGGGAAUUUUAUUUUGAAGGUCUGAAAGUUUCUGUGUGCACAGACGUUUCUGUGCAGGUUGUGGCUUUAGGGUCUAUAAAUGUUCAAAGGUAUGUAGAAAACUUGGCUAAUCAGUCGAACAACAACAAGAAACAUGUUGAAUAUUUUAUUUUUUGGGAUAACCCUAAUAUUAGCAGCAGGGUUGUAUAAGAAUUUUUUUUUUUGGCAGUACUGUACCUCACAAGAUCUGUAAGAAAUUCAGGGAAUAGUGUCCAUAAAUCAAAACACUCUUUAAAGUGGUUCCUUUCUUAUCUAUAGGAGAAAAAAAAAAGUUCAAAUCUGCUGUAUGAUUUAAGGUUUUAAUUUGUCAUUUGCUGUUUCCUGCAGAGUCUGAAGACUAUGUAGCAUGUGCUGCUUAAAAAAAUGAAGCCAGGCUUGCCACAUAUUUUCUUUUCUUGCCUUUUUUGUUGCUUUUAUUCUAUCAUAAUCUUGGUGAAUUCAUAGUUUUCAUUGCUAUAACAAGUCCACUUCAUCGUAAAAUUGUAAGCUUUAAUGUAACCACAUUUCUAACUGAGAUCGCCUCAAAAUGUUAAACUGUAGCAUAAUACUAAACUGAUUGUCAAGCAUAUGAAAACCCAGAGAAUAGACUAUAUGGUAAACUGUAUGUUUGUGACUUUUUUUUUAACUGCUUGCUGUAUUGUGUGUGUAUACAGGAGUGACAGAGGAGGGAGUGCGACUGUGGCGCAAUCAGAGUUGUACUACAGUUAUUGGAGUUUAUAAAAUUUAUGCAAAAAAAAAAGAUGAAAAAAAAAGUUUUAAGUCACCCUUGAAUUAAAUAUCUAUUGUAUCAGAGGUCACUAUCACAUUCUUAGAUUUGAUCAUGUCCAUUAUUAAAGAUAUACUCAUCUGUU